AUUACGCUGGUGCUGCUGCGGAUUAAUCGGGCAGCCACCUGCGUCAAGUGGUCGCCGGCGGAAAACAAGUUUGCUGUGGGAUCUGGAGCCCGUCUCAUCUCGGUGUGCUACUUCGAGUCGGAGAACGACUGGUGGGUGUCGAAGCAUAUCAAGAAGCCUAUCCGCUCGACGGUCACCUCGUUGGACUGGCACCCGAACAACGUGCUCCUGCUGGCCGGCUCUACCGACUACAAGGUUCGCGUCUUCUCGGCGUUCAUUAAGGACAUUGAAGAACCGCCAUCUCCGACGCCUUGGGGCAACCGCAAGCCUCUUGGCCAGCUGAUGGCCGAGUUCCGCAACUCGCUGACGUCGGGCGGCGGCUGGAUCAACAGCGUGAGCUUCUCCAGCGACGGCAACAAGGUCUGCUGGGUGGGGCACGACAGUUGCGUCAGCAUCGCGGAUGCCACCAACGGGAACACGGUGAUCCGCUGCCGGAUCGGCUACCUGCCCUUCCUCUCCUGCGAGUGGGUCUCACCAACCUCCGUCGUGGUAGCCGGCUACAGUUGUGUACCUCUGCUAUACAGCUUGACCGCGGAUGGGAAGCUGGUGCUCAGCGGAAAGCUGGACAAGUCGCAGAAGCGCGAGUCCAGCGGCAUCACUGCCAUGCGCAUCUUUCAGUCAAUGGACCGCAACAUGCGCACGGAGAAUACGGACACGGUGGUGGACUCAAUUCACCAGAACGCCAUCACCAGCGUCCGCUUGUAUGCCGGGGACAAGGACAGUGCCACCAAGGUGUCCACCUCGGGCGUCGACGGCCAGCUGGUCAUCUGGAACGUCGAGCAGGGCGGCAUAAACGGCGGCAUGCGCAACCUACAGAUCUAGUUCAGAUCAAGACGGUCCAAAUUUACAUGUUAUUGUCGUCUGUUAGCGAGUGUGUUGGCGUUGGCCUGGCCAAGUGCGCAGUAUUUUGCCAAAAUGUUUUCCAAAAGCGCUUCUCCCAUUGUUUUGUACCGUGCGAAAGCCUUUUUACAUAAAUUAACUGAAGAGACUCGUUCUUUUCUCGCUACUUCUUCCACUUACAAGGGUUCUGAAAAGUCUGUGUAUGUGUUUUAAAGUGUUUCAACUCUAUAGCAAACUGAAUAAAAUGUUUUUUAUUCGCCAAAAAAAAAAA